AUGGCAAAGAUAUGUGCUAAAGUUGCUGCUUUGCCGUCGCCGCCAAAUCCAUUGAAUUGCAUGAACGUCUGUGAUAUAAGUCAAGAUGAGAACAAAAUUGUGAAGCAGCUGCAGGAAAAAAGGAACAAAUUAAAAUUUAGGCUCCUCGACACUCAGAACCAAAAUCAGAUGCUCCGGAAAGAAUUGAAAGUAGCGAACAAGGUGCUUAGGAAAGAGAUGCCAAAUCUACGGAGUGAAGAUUUCAAAGGUCACGAAGAAGAAACCAUCAGCCUUCGACUCAAAAUAAUGGAACUGCAAAAGCAGAUAGAGGAACUCGAAGGAACUUCUGACAAGCAAAAAGACGGGAAGAUUACUUACCAAGAUGGCAGUAAACAAAGAAUGAAAUCUUCAAAUAUAUCGAAGAAACAAGACCCGACGGAAAAGUUGGUGAGGGAUUGCGUGGAUCUGAAAGCGAAAUUGGAAUACUGGAAGAAUCGCAAUAAGGAACUCGAAAAACUAUCGGGACAAGUACGGCUGGAGCUAGACAGGUUUUUGGACAAGAGCGUUGAGAACAAGCGGAUUCAGAGUGAAUAUGCGGGUCUAGAGCGGGAGCUGCGAGCUCGUCAGGCCGAGAAAUUAGAGAUGCGAUGUAAGUUGGACAACGCCAAGACCAGGAACUGUCAGUUGUCCGAUGAGUUGUCCCUGAUCAGAGAAGAUGUUGAGAGGAUUCGGAACAAGACAGAAGACGACAAUAUGCUGCUGGAGGCUCUUACGAGCCAACGUGGCAACUUCCAGGACUUAAUCGAUCGGCAGAAAAUGCUUGGAGAGAGCGACCACCGACACUUCAGGGAAGACCUGAGAGAGGUGCACGUAAAAUAUACGACCAGCUGCAACGUGCUUGAGCAGCUUGAAGAAGUUACAGCUUCAAAAGAUUCCAUUCUACAAGAUCUACAAGAUUACCAGCACCUUUUGAGCUAUGCAAGAGACGAAAAUACAGAAAACACUGUUCCAAACUCACCAGCGACAGGAACAGAGAAUCCUGAGGAUCCAGAAAACCCAGAACGAGUAGAAGCCGAUCCUAUGCCUGCUCUCGAUCCUGAACUUCGGGACGAAUGCGAAAAGUACUUGAGAUACUUUGAAUCUGCUCAGGAGGAAGUGGAGCAUCUAGCAGAAAUCGCCCUUAAUAAUAUUAGAAAACUAAACGAGUGGCAAGAGCAGCUUCGUCAAUCGAAGGCGACGUCUGCGCAGAAGAAAGCUGAGAUUCGUGACCUGCAAGAAUCCAUCAAAACCCUAGAAGGUCUGGCAGCUUCCAAAGGUGCAAAACUCGAGGCUGGCAAAGAAGAUUCUUCAAGCACUUUGGAUGAACUUUUGAUCAAACUGGAUAUUGAGAAAGAAGUGCACCGGUUCAUGAUAGGCCACUGGAAGGCCGUCGUCGCCAAGACCGACGGGCUGUUCCAGAUCUACGCGACGGGAGCUGACAGAACGACGAAACUUUUCAUCGAUAGCCUGAGAGAAAAAAAGAAGUCUUUUGAGAAGCAACCUUCGGCUGAAGAGAUCAAACCACGUUCUUCUCACACAGAAAACGAUCAACAAUCUACCUGA